AUGUCUCGUAUCAGGACUACCCUUGACACUGUCACCAAAGCUGUUAGUGGGACAGUUAACACAGAACUCCUUUCUAAAAUAACACGUCUCAGACUCAAUGAUGAUGGCACAUGCAAAGCUGUAGAGGUUAGGGUGGAAUCUGAGCCAACAGCAGUCAUGACUGUGGCUGUCAAUCAACAGCUUGAGGCUAAAAAUGAUGAAAAAGUUCAGGAAGUCAAAGAUGCCCCCAAAGCUGAAGUCAAGCCUCUGCAGCGUUUUCAGCCCUCAGCUUUUACCACCAACAUGGAUGAGACCUACAACCACUUGGCUGCACAUGUCAAUGAAUACUUUGGAAGUGACAUUCAAAGGCAGCAGCAGCAGAGAAAUGGAGAUACAGUCACGUCAUCUAGCACAGCUCAGUUAAGUGGGAUCAAAGAUCAUCAACCCAUGCUUGCUCCUGUUACGCAAAAAGUGGACUUGGACCAGCCCUCGAAACAGACUACUAUUAAAACAGCCUGUUCAGACCCAGAGGGCAAUGUUGCACCCACUGUACAGAGGAAAGGCAUUAGUCAGUACCUGUCAUAUAAGAGUCCCAGCAUGCAGGCGUUUGUGGGAAGCUACAUUGCUCCUCUGGUUCCCAAGUUCAAAAGUGCUGCUGCAGAAAAGGACAAGACCUCUGAGGUGGGUCAGGUGAGACCUCAGGAUGCAGAGUCUACAGAAAACAAGGAACAGAAACAGAUGGAGGAAAAGGCCAAAAAGCUGCUCUCCCAGAAAGAAAAGAUCAUUGCGAGGGUGAGUGUAGACAACAGGACCCGAGCGCUUGUUCAGAGCAUUAGGAAAGCGACUAAUGUAAAGCUCAUCAUCAGCCGAGUGGAAGAACUAAGCUUACACCUGAUGGAGUUUCCUGAGACCAGAGGGGUGGCCGUCACAGAGAAAGUGAUCCCUUGUCUGCUGCAGUUGCAUCAGGGACAUGACCUCGGCCUGCAGGGUACAGUGAGACAAGCUCUGGCUCUUGUGGGCUACACUGAUCCAGUCAAAGGCAAAGGCAUUCGUGUCCUCUCCAUUGAUGGAGGAGGAACAAGAGGCCUGGUUGCACUGCAGACUUUGCAUAAACUGGAGAGCCUUACUGGAAAGCCCAUCUACCAGCUGUUUGAUUACAUCUGUGGAGUCAGUACAGGUGCUAUAUUGGCCUUUAUGCUUGGAGUGUUUAGAAUUCCUCUGACUGAGUGUGAGGAGCUCUACAGAAAGCUCGGCUCGGACGUUUUCAAACAGAACCCAAUCGUGGGCACGGUGAAGAUGGGCUGGAGUCACGCUUUCUAUGACAGUCACAUCUGGGAGAAUAUCCUCAAGGAGAGAAUAGGGCCUAGACUCAUGAUAGACACUGCCAAAGAUGCAGAAUGCCCAAAGGUGGCAGCAGUGAGCACAGUAGUAAACCGGGGGCUGCCUUUAAAGGCGUACAUCUUCAGGAACUACAACCUGCCCCCUGGUGUCCGCUCACACUACCUGGGUGGCUCCCAGCAUCAGAUGUGGCAAGCUAUAAGAGCAUCAUCUGCAGCCCCAGGCUACUUUCAGGAGUAUGUGCUUGGACAGGAUUUACAUCAGGAUGGUGGUCUCCUGAUCAACAAUCCCACAGCACUAGCCAUCCACGAGUGUAAGUGCUUGUGGCCUAACACUCCGGUGCAGUGUGUGGUAUCUCUGGGCACGGGUCGCUACGAGGCAACUGGCAAAAGCAGCUCCAGUACCUACACCAGCCUGAAGACCAAGCUCGCACAUGUCAUCAGCAGUGCCACUGACACAGAGGAAGUGCACACAAUGCUGGAUGCCCUUCUUCCAUCAGACACUUACUUCCGCUUCAACCCGUACCUAAGUGAGGACGUGCCUCUGGAUGAGAGCAGACGGGAGAGGUUAAAUUUUCUGAAGGCUGAGGGCGAGUGCUAUCUGACACGCAAUGAGCCCAAGCUGAGGAAAGCAGCUUCAGUGCUUGUACAGGAGAAAAGUGCUAUCCAGAGGUUGGCGGAAUGGGCGAGACUUAAAGUUGAUAUGUAUGAUGGGAUCCCCUUCAAAUCCAAACUGUAACACUAGGACUGAGCUGAUGCACAAAUUCUGCGUAAUGUAAAAAGCACUAUCAGAACAUAGCAUUAGCCAAAAAAGUUGACUUAAUUAUUGGUUUAUCUAUGAUUAGCUAAAUCUAAAUAACAUUCAGUAACGAAGCUAUUUCUCGAGGGCCAUUUGGUUUAAAGUAUGUUUAAUGGUUUAGGAAGUGUUGAGGACCACAUUUGCUGCCACUGUUUUUUAACAAAAUUGUGUGUUAUAUACCAUGUUUUAUAAAAUGACAUAUACCACGUUAAAGGAUUUUACACAAGCCCUACUGGACAGUUAUUACUUUUUAAUACGUGUUUUAGGCAUGUUUAUGUUCAGUGUCCUAUACUGACUCUUUACUGCUGCUUCUUAAAUUGUUAACAAAAAAUGACAUGCUGCAACAUGAAAGCUUUAGAUUAAGCACAAGUUUGAGUUCAGAAAUCCUGGGUGAGAAUGCUUUUGGUUCCUGCAUGAAAUGAGACUUUUAGCUGCUACAUUUUCUUUAAGAUAACUGUUUUAAAAGCAGGUUGCAUUUCCUCACACUUGUUUGUGUUAGCAUGCAUAGUAAUCUGCAUUUGGGAAGUAUGUAUAAUGAAAGUGUAAAUAAUAAGCUAAGAAAUGUACAUAGAACACACCAGACCCUGAAUUAUUAGUUCAUUCUUAGUGAAAGGAUCAUGUUCAUCUGUAAGGUUAAUGUUUUAUUUUACUGAGGUCUGUAAGGUUAAUAUGAAGAAACAGUAAAUCUUACAUUAUAAUUUUACAGAACAUCAUUGUUUAGAGCAGCUUAUUAAAACAUUACACAAAUUAUUGUAUUAUUACUCCAAAUAUUGUAUCAUAAGAUAUUGUAUUAGACCUACAGCCUUGUUAUGUAAAACAAUGUUUUAAAAUAUGGAGUUUACAUUUUAAGUUCAAUUGUUAAAUGUUUUUAAAUUAUUUUUUAAUUGUGUGAACAUAAACAUUAUUAAUGUUAAUUUAAUUAAUUAUU